ACGAUCGUCUAACGAACAUUAAAUCUUCUGUGAAGAAUAGUUUAAUUUUGUAUUUCGUAAUGAACAAUAAUUGUUAUAUUUUAAAAAUUAACGAUUGCUAAAUUUGUAUGUACUUAUCUGCCAGAGACGAAAGAGUAAUGGCGUAUCACUAUGCAGAUAACGUACAUACCAAAUUCUUUACUCCCAAAGAAUAUCAGGUGGAGCUGCUGGCAGCUGCCAAAGAACGUAACAUUAUUGUCUGCCUCGGGAGUGGGCCUAACAAAGUGUUCAUCUCCCUAAAACUAAUCCAAGAACUUGCCAACACCAUCAGAAGACCAAUUGACAGAGGGGGCAAGAGAACGGUUUUUAUCACAAACACAGCGAGCUCUGUUGAACAGACAGCCCUAACGAUCCGCCAUCUAACCGACCUCUGUGUGGGAGAGUAUGCCGACCACAGUGCGCUGAUAGAUCUAGCACACCACCAAGUGCUUGUGAUGACUAGUGAGGUUGCGCUUGAACACCUGUCCAGCCAUAGUUUGAAGGUGUCGGACAUAAACUUGUUGGUGUUGGAUGACUGCCACCAUGCAAUUGGGGACCACCCUAUGAGAAAUGUGAUGAGACUGUUCGGCCAAAAGGAUGAGUUCGGCAGUGUCAAGGUUCUGGGCCUCACAUCGCCUCUUAUGCCAGGACCCGGCGGAGCCGAGCCAGGGAGACUAGAGGCGGAAAUCAAAAUACUAGAGGCCACUCUUCACAGCAGUGUUGAAACUGCUAGUGAUUUAAUCUCCAUCAUUAGGUACUGUGCGAAACCCAAAGAAAUCAUUUUGGAAUGUGGAGAUUAUGAGCUCACAGACCUAGGCCUCAUCCUCCAAGAGCAUCUGGUUGAAAUAAAAGAAUUUCUGGACGACCAUCGCUAUGACCCGUCUGAAAUCUAUGAAGAUCUUUUCGAAGAGUGUUGGUUGGAACAACCAAACCCAAAAGAUGAUCCAAUGAAAAUCCUCGCAGACUAUCAAUACAUCCUCACCACAAUGGGUCCGUGGUGUGCUGAUAAAGCCGCCUUAGUUCUGCUCAUACAAAUAGAGAAGUUAAAGCCCAAAGUGGGACAAGAGCGGAAUUUCCUUCUGCUUUGCAUGGUGUCGACAUUUCUAGUCAAAAUCAGGGCCCUUUUUGAUUCCAUGCAAGAAGAUAUUGAUGAAAAGGAUAAAAUUCAUAAGUAUUCCUCACCGAAGAUUUUAAGAUUAAUAGAAAUUGUGAAGAACUUUAAACCAAAAGAAAAUGUAAAUGUGGCCAAUUCUGAUGAUGUAAAUAAGCAGCUGUGUGAUGAAAGUAAUGCUAAAACCAAAGAAAACACAACUAACGAAGAAUCCAGUGAUAUCAAAAACUUGGCUGAAUCGUCAAUUGUUAGUAAAGAAGCUGAAAGUAGGACUCUAAACUGUGAUCUUAUUAGUGUAGAUAAUGUAGGCAGCAUAAAGAAUUUAGAGAUAAAUAGUGAAAGAGUUGACAAUAAAAUUGACACUCAGAGUAAAGAGUUGACAAAUGGAAUAAGCUCUACAGAAGAACUGAAUAAUGGACCAAUCUGUAGAUCAGAAUUGAAAGACAAGAAUAAAGUGAAUCAGGAUGAACCGGAGUCAGUUUUCAAGGGUGGACGCUGGAGAGGAAAAGGAAGGGGAUGGAAGUUCCAGAAAAGGAGUAACGCUGGAAAUCGGAACAAUAAAACUAAUUCUCAAGAAGAUGCUGAAAACAUGUGUGCUAUUAUUUUUGUAGAAGAUUCGUUUACAGCAAAAAUUCUCUUCUAUCUGUUUAACGAAUUGAAGAAAUGUGAUCCUGAUUUUUCAUUCGUCUCACCACAGUUCACUGUAUGCAAGGUUUUGGACCCUGUCAAAGAACAGAAGGAGGCAGAAAUAGAACAUCGCAAACAAGAAGAAGUGUUAAAAAGAUUUAGAAUGAGAGAGUGUAACAUGAUGAUAUCCACAUCAAUCCUUGAGGAAGGAAUCGACCUGCCAAAGUGUAACCUGGUGAUACGCUACGACGUGCCAAAACAUUACAGAUCCUACGCUCAGUCCAGGGGACGAGCGAGAGCGCAGGACGCUCAGUUUAUCAUGACUAUUGAGAAACAAAGCCGCAGCACAUUCAUCUCCAACCUUGCCCAGUUUAUUGAGAUUGAGAGGAUGCUGCUGGCUCGUUGCACAAAUUGCGAGCCGUCUGACGGAGAAGAAAUAGAGGCAGACAAAUUCAACAACUGCGUUCCAACCUUCUGUCCGGGAACCACUCCUGUUACGAUGAAUUCAGCCAUUGGUCUUGUGAAUAGGUAUUGUGCCAAACUACCUAGUGACACCUUUACCCGACUGACACCCUUAUGGUCAGUUCAUGAGAUGGACUAUCAUGGCAUACCAACAUACUACUGCACAGUCAGACUGCCAAUCAACUCACCUGUCAAACAGGACAUAACUGGACAUCCAAUGCCCAGUAAAGUGAUGGCCAAGAGAAUAGCUGCAUUUGAGACUUGUCGAGUGCUCCACCAAGCUAAAGAAUUGGAUGAUAAUAUGCAGCCCAUUGGAAAGGAAAGCUUGACAAGUCUAGAAGAAGACGAUGACGAAGAGGAAAUCAUCCCAGUUGACUCUUUAGAACCUCGUCCUGGGACAACCAAGAGGAGGCAGUAUUAUUACAAAAGAAUCGCCAGCUCCCUGAGCAACUGUAGGCCUGUGGUAGGUCAGGGAGCGCGCCUCUACCAGCUGCAGAUGCUGCUCACAUGUCCUCUUCCAGAAGAACAAAACACAAGAGGGCGAAAGCUGCACCCUCCGGAAGAUUCUCCUCAAGGCUUUGGGAUCCUAACCAUGAAGCCAAUACCCAAGAUUUGUCCGUUCCCAAUCUUCACAAGGUCAGGAGAAGUGCGUGUUAGCCUUGAGUUGAGACAGGAAGAUCUUCGUCUCUCUCAAGAACAGUUGGAGAUGAUCGCUACUUUUCUCAACUAUACAUUCACCAGUGUGCUGAGGUUGCAGAAAUACCUCAUGCUGUUUGACCCAAAUGCAUCUGAGAACUCGUACAUGAUUGUACCCACGAGAAAGGGCAAAGACAACAUGACCGUUGAAGUAGAUUGGGAAUUUCUCAAACUAAUCUAUUCUCGACGAGGAGAAAUGCCCCACAACAUCUCGGACGAGGAACGUCAAAUGUUUGUCUUUGAUGCAGUGAAGUACCACGAUGCUGUUGUGAUGCCAUGGUAUCGAAACCAAGAUCAGCCUCAGUAUUUCUAUGUGGCUGAGAUCUGUAGCCAGCUGAACCCAAAAUCUUCAUUCGCAGGCUCAGACUACCAGACGUUUGAAGAGUAUUAUCAGAAGAAGGCGGGCAUCACAGUGCAGAACAGUGAACAGCCAUUGCUAGAUGUAGAUCACACCUCGGCAAGAUUAAAUUUCUUGACUCCAAGAUACGUAAAUCGCAAGGGUGUUGCUCUCCCAACGAGCAGCGAAGAAACCAAACGAGCCAAAAGGGAGAAUCUGGAGCAGAAGCAGAUCCUAGUUCCAGAACUGUGUAUGAUCCAUCCGUUCCCAGCCAGUCUGUGGCGUCAGGCAGUGUGUCUGCCAUGUAUCUUGUACCGCAUCAACGCUCUCUUGCUGGCAGACGAGAUACGGACGACAGUCGCUCGUGAAGUUGGACUUGGCCAGCUCACACUAGACAGUGAAUAUGAAUGGAGUCCUUUGGAUUUUGGAUGGAGUCUGGCUGAUGUCUUGAAAAAAUCCAAAGAAGAAAAUCAGAAGAAUACCUUGUCUAAGUCCAAACCGAGUCCCAAACCGGUAGUGCUGAAAGAAAUAGAAGACGAACCAGAGAAUGAUGAUCCAGCUGACAAAGAUAAAACUGAUGAAAGCGACGCUGAUAGUUGUGAGCAAGAUGGAGGCUGGUUGGAAAUUGGCACUUGGUCCAAUGAAAUGGCUGAAAUUAGUGAUGAAUUCGACCCUAAUGCCAAACUUCCUGAUAAUUUGCAAAUGGUGAGGUACUGCUCCCCUACCAGUUGGGAUUGUGCAGAAGGUCCUGGUGGAACCGAACUGUGUCUCUACGAUUCAGAUGUAGAGUCAGACCUCAGCAGCGAAAUCUUAAUGACGGAACAUUCCUCUGAAAGUAAUGAGAAAGGACCUAGUACAGGACGAGGGUUGAGAAUCACAUUCAAGAGUGACUAUCUGGCGGAGGCAGAAGAUGAUGAUUUUGGGGAAGAAGAAGAGCAGCCUGAAGACUGGAAAUGGCAAGACACCAACGCCACAAGCACAGUCAUGGAGAGUGAAAUAAACAUCGAGAGAGAAAGAUUUGACAAAGCGACCAAAGAGAUUGAGCAACAAAUCGAGAACAGCGAGAUGUUAGUGCGCCACGACGUACCCUUUGUCAUCUGCAGAGAUGAAGGGAAGGAUAAGCUGACUAGUGUGGCGGAGGAGAAAACGCUGGAGUUUGAGCUGACAGGUUAUGCAAUGCCAUCUGAAAUGCUUAGUCAGCUGCAAAUAAACUCUCCUGUAAAUCAUGUGAAGAAAAUCAACAAAACUCCCAAAGCAGACUCAAAUAUUUCAUUAGAGGAUUUUGAUACAGAGGAAGCAUGUGGUGGGUUCAGUUUCGACAGUCAGCCUGACUUGGAACACCACCCGGGUCCUAGUCCUAGUGUGCUGCUACAGGCUCUCACCAUGUCAAACGCCAACGACGGGAUAAACCUAGAGCGACUGGAGACCAUCGGGGACUCAUUCCUCAAAUACGCCAUCACCACCUACCUCUACUGUGCUCAUGAGGCAGUGCACGAGGGCAAACUGAGUCAUCUACGUUCCAAACAGGUGAGCAACCUCAACCUCUAUAGACUGGGCCGUAGGAAGCAGUUUGGAGAAAGCAUGAUUGCCACCAAGUUCGAGCCUCACGACAACUGGCUACCUCCUUGCUACUUAGUACCUCGAGAACUGGAGAAGGCGCUUAUUGAGGCUGGUCUUCCAGCAGCCCUUUGGAACCAGGCAGAGUUGCCUGCAAUGAAAGACUUGACUCGAGAAGAGAUCAUCGCGCUUGUUCAGGAACGUCUAGCCGCAAUGGGUGAUGAAGAAGGGAUGGACGGUUUAGAAGACGUACCUUGCUUUGUGCCUUAUAACCUGAUAACUCAACACAGCAUUCCAGACAAGAGUAUUGCAGACUGUGUGGAAGCACUUAUAGGUGCCUACCUCAUAGCUUGCGGACCACGGGGCGCACUUUUGUUCAUGUCUUGGCUCGGGAUAAGAGUUUUGCCUUCCGAGGAGGAAAUCACUUCAUCCACCAGUGCACAGAAUGUUCAGAUCAAAUAUGGACAUCUGCGACCUCCGAAGUCCCCACUGUUACGGCAUGUGCCGAACCCAGAAGGAGAACUAGAGUUGCUGCUGGACGGCUACGAUGUACUGGAGCGCCAACUGGGCUAUCGGUUCCGUGACCAGAGCUAUCUGUUACAAGCCAUGACUCACGCCAGCUACUCUCCUAACCGACUGACCGACUGCUACCAACGGCUAGAGUUUCUUGGAGACGCUGUUCUUGACUACCUCAUAACAAGGCAUUUGUAUGAAGAUGCCAGACAACACUGUCCUGGAGCUUUGACCGACCUUCGCUCCGCGUUAGUCAAUAAUACCAUCUUCGCCUCGCUGGCCGUUCGUCACGGCUUCCAUAAGUACUUUCGUCAUCUCAGCCCAGGACUGGCUGAAGUUGUCGAGAGAUUUGUGCGAAUCCAAGAGGAGAACAGCCACGCCAUAAGCGAAGAGUACUACCUCACAGCAGAGGAAGAGUGCGAGGAAGCUGAAGAUGUGGAGGUGCCGAAAGCUCUUGGGGAUGUAUUCGAGUCAGUAGCUGGUGCGAUAUUCUUAGAUAGCGGCAUGUCGCUAGACGCUGUAUGGCAUGUGUACUAUCGGAUGAUGAAGACAGAGAUAGAGCAAUUUAGCACGAACGUCCCCAAAUCUCCGAUUCGAGAACUUCUUGAACUCGAACCUGAAACUGCCAAGUUUGGGAAACCUGAAAAACUUGCAGAUGGCAGGAGGGUUCGGGUGACUGUAGAAGUAUUUAGCAAAGGGGUUUUCAAAGGCAUCGGUCGGAACUAUCGCAUCGCCAAGUGUACUGCAGCAAAAUGUGCUCUGAAACAACUCAAGAAACGAGGCCUAGUGACCAGGAGAGUCAACAAUGCUACCCAGUGGUGAACGGAGAAUCGUUACAUUCCAAGUGAAAAUGUAUUGUUUAUUUGAAACAGCCUUGCCACAUUGAUUGUAAAAGGAGUCUACAAUGUUGUUUUUAUAGUAUAAGAUAGCUGCUGCGACAGCUGAAAUAAUUGGAAGUAGUUUUUGUUUUUUUAUACGAUGUUUGUUGAAAAUGAAUUGUACAUCAAGCAAGCCUUGCCACUCAACUUUACCAUUUUUUGUAGAUUUUAUAAUGUUGCUUUAUGUGGCAAAAGAUUUUCAUGCAUUUAAAAAGUAUAUGUCAACAGUGUGACAUAACACAAUGUAAAAGUGACAUAAUAUUUUAGUAGGUUAACAAAUCUAUUUAACAGUAACAUUUGAGAUUGUAUUUUACGCAACAAUGAGUAUUAAGGGUUUUAUUAGUAACAAUGUUUGACGUUCUGGCAAAAGAUGUCUUAAACAAACGUGCAUUUAAGAAUUUUGAUAGGUUAAUAUUGCUACAUAAUAACAGUGUGAUAUUUAUUAUGAGGGGGUACCUGAAAAUACCAGAAUUAUUUGAAAGAGUAUAUUUUUAAACAAAACAGUUGUACCUUCUUCAAAAUAUUCCCCAUUACAACUUGUCCCAAUUGUUCUACCACUACUAUAUUUUUUUUAUUGAUCUGCAGAAAUGGGAGAUCAUUCCUCUCUUAAUUCUGCCUGUUCGCUGAUUCCAGACAGUCUGCAAUGCAAGCUCUUGAAUUUUUCAAUAAUUUUGUCAAUCCAAUUUAUGAACUUUCAGUUUGAGAUCCGUUGACAUUUUGUCGUAAAAAAAAAAGAAUUGUACACUUGAGUUAAUCCCAUAGUGUCACCAUUGUAAGUGCUUUUCAACAUUAGAUCUGUUUCAGCAGUUUUUUUACAGAACAAAAGUUAAGCUCAACAGCCAAGCCUGAAACUUUUGGGUACUCCCUCGUACGUUAGGUUAACAAAGCGUAAGAAAAAUACAAAAUAAUAUUGAGAGAUUGUUUAUUUAAGCGACGUGUAUAGUCAUUGUACAUAUAUUGUUCAAAUAUGUAUCUUUUGUAUUAAGGUUUAACUCCAACAUUUCUCGUAUUUAAGUAUUAUUAUAAGUAAACCAAAUCGUUCUUAAUUUUAAUAUUCUUGGCUGUGUACUUAUAGAGUUACAGAAACUUAAAUCGUCGAUGAAUAAGUGAAGCUUUUUCACCGAGGCUGAACUUAAGCUUCAGUCGUGAAAUGGCUGCAUUUUUCAUCCCUCGAACGUUCAAGUUGUACCGAUUUACAAAUAUCUGAACGGUAGUUUUCAGUUGUGCAUCGGUAACAACUGUACCCGAGUUUUUCUAAGAUAAGCGGGAUUUACCGAUGACUCAGGUUCACAUUGGGUGAAAGGGUGUCAUCGGUUAUCUAUGUUCUUUGAGAAACUGUGAUAGUAUUUUUAAAUCGUUCAACUAUUAAGUACUAACCAUUAAUUGUUGUACGUUAGUAAAUUUACAGUUACUUUCACUAGUGUGUUCAAUAGUUUGUUAUUUUUUGUUUUCAAUUUUGUGAAGUCUCUUUAAUUUUGCUACGUUAUUUAGAUAGGUCGUUUUCCAUGUUCUUUAGUAUGUUUUUUUAUAUAUAUUUACUAGACUUAAUGUACUGUGAAGCUCAAGUUUCUAUGGUAGAUUUAACAAAUUAAACCGGUGAAACUUGUUCGCAAUGAUAAUUCUUUACAAAUUAUCAUAGUUAAGUUAACAAUACAGCAAUGUGUCUUUCAAAACAGCAAUUCUGGUUUGUGGUUUAGUGGUUUACUGCCACCCACCUAGCUAUAGAAGAGCCCCUAUUUGUAGACAGAUUUUCAACUUUAUUGAGCAAUGAUAACUCACAACUUAGUUUUUAAUUUUUUUUCAUGUCUGAAACAGAAAAUGGCCCCCAGCCAAAACAUAUUUGUAAAACAGUAACAAAAUUGUUAAUUCAAAGUCAGUGGUAGAUUUAGAUGUUCGCCCAACCAAUUACAACAAUCACUUGGUCCCCUUUUUUGUCUCCAAGUCUAAAAUUUACUUUCAUUAUAUAAUAUAUUUACCUUCAAAUAACCAUUCAUAUAAGUGGGCCUAAGUGUAUUUCAAUAUAGUGCAGAGUUUCAGAUCCUUUUCACGUUAGGAUGUAAAUAAUGUUCUGAAGUUAAUCUAUAAAGUAAAAUUUGUCCUGUCCUCGAUUCUAAUAGUGAUAUUUUUAUAAAAACAUCUUGUCCAAUAACAUUUUCGCCUAAACUUGAUUGCCAAAGUGUGUUAAUAGAAAAUCAUUUUUGUACCUAAACAAAUACAACAAUAUUUUCCCCCUAUUUAAACUAAUUUAGUUUCUAUUAGUUUGAGUUACUUUGUGUAGAAUUUUCCCUUACCUAAUAUAAAUUAAUAUUCAUAACUUUCUUUAUACUUUUUGACAUUUGCUAAUACAGUCUAGGUAGAAAAGUUACUCAUCCGAAGCCAUAAAAAUAGAUAUUAUAAGAAAGAAAUUAAAUCAGAAAAAUUCACAGUAAACUCAAAUGGAAUAGUGGUUAUGUGAAAUUUAAGGGUUUUUUCUUUGAUCAAAGGGACAUUGUACAGCUAGCUCAACUUUUUGUUCAAAAGGCUCAUAUAUAAAAUAACACAACAAGAAACUUAACAUUUUUCCUAGUGUAGGAUUGCUUUGAAAAACAACAGUUAAAUGCUGUGACAUCUAUUUAUCCCUAGAUUUGAUUAUUUCAAAUAAAUUUCUCUACCGGUUCAAAAUCAUCUCGACUACAUUGGUUUCCCAGAAAUUAUAAUCUCAUGUAAAUAGCUUAAAUUUAUGUUCCUAAACUAUUAGAAUUCAAAUGUUUAUUCAGUUGAAAUGUUUCUCCCAACCAUUGUUUAUUACAAAUUAGUUUUUAUUGAUAGUUUUGUUAAUUGUAUUUCAAUGUUGUCUUAGUUAAGUGUGUAUUGUGUCACAAAUAAUGACUUUUUACUCAUAGCAGGAUAAAUUUAAUUUGGAUUCUUUUUAACAUGAUCAAAUUGAUUGCCAUUCAACAGAGCAAUAAAGAUAUAAUUUACUUGAUAUGAUAAUUUUAUCAUUUAAAAACUAAGACACAUUGCAAAAGUAUAAUUUGUGUCAAGUUUGUUUCUGAGAUCAGGUGUUUUUUCAAACAUUAAACUUAUAGUUAUAUCUAUUCGCCUUGAUUCGUGUUUUUAA